ACGUCCACCUGUGCUCCAUUUUUGUUGUUUUUGGAGCCGGAGCCGAGUGCUGCUCUCUCGGGCGUGCGGGGUUUUGUGUCUGCCCUUAGACGAACGCGACCGGUUCGACACAGCCACUGAUUUCCAGUGUGCUGCCCUGAGACCCAAGCACGCUCUGCCGUGUGCAGAGUUUGCACAGUCGCUUCGGAAGUACUUGUUUUUUAACGAGGGCUAUAUUUAGCCUAAGUAGCCUGUGGGAGAGGUUAGUGCUACGAUGGAGAAAACUCUGCAAAUAUUCUUUUCAUUUUGGCAAUCGCGGGAGAAUGGAAGUGAAGCUGUCCCCUUUCCUCCAACCCAGCGGCUUACUUUGAAGGAAGUAUUUGAGAAUGGGAAACCUAAAGUGGAGGUUUUGAAAAACCAUCUGGUAAAGGAAGGCCGGCUGGAAGAGGAAGUAGCCUUAAAGAUCAUCAAAGAUGGGGCUGCCAUCCUGAGGCAGGAGAAGACCAUGAUCGAAGUGGAGGCUCCGAUCACAGUGUGUGGCGACAUUCAUGGACAAUUCUUUGAUCUAAUGAAGCUGUUUGAAGUUGGAGGAUCACCUAGUAACACACGCUACCUCUUUCUGGGAGACUAUGUGGACAGAGGCUAUUUCAGUAUAGAGUGUGUGCUGUAUUUGUGGAGUUUAAAGAUUAAUCAUCCCAAAACGUUGUUUCUGCUUCGAGGAAAUCAUGAAUGCAGGCAUCUAACAGAGUAUUUCACCUUCAAACAGGAAUGUCGAAUCAAAUAUUCUGAACAGGUGUAUGACGCGUGUAUGGACACGUUUGACUGUCUCCCUCUGGCUGCCCUCUUGAACCAGCAGUUUCUCUGUGUACAUGGAGGAAUGUCACCUGAAAUCACUAGCUUAGAUGACAUUAGGAAAUUAGAUAGGUUCACUGAGCCUCCUGCCUUCGGGCCAGUGUGCGACCUGCUUUGGUCUGAUCCCGCUGAGGAUUACGGCAACGAGAAGACCUUGGAGCACUAUACCCACAACACUGUCCGCGGGUGCUCUUACUUCUUCAGUUACCCUGCAGUUUGUGAAUUUUUACAAAACAACAAUUUAUUAUCAAUAAUCAGAGCGCACGAAGCCCAGGACGCUGGAUAUCGAAUGUAUAGGAAGAGCCAGGCAACAGGCUUCCCGUCGCUCAUUACAAUCUUCUCGGCCCCUAAUUACCUAGAUGUCUAUAACAAUAAAGCUGCUGUGUUGAAAUAUGAAAACAAUGUCAUGAACAUCAGACAGUUCAACUGUUCUCCCCACCCCUACUGGCUUCCGAACUUCAUGGAUGUUUUCACGUGGUCUUUGCCUUUUGUUGGGGAGAAAGUCACAGAGAUGCUGGUUAACAUCCUGAACAUAUGCUCUGAUGAUGAACUGAUUUCAGAUGAGGAAGCAGAAGAUCACUACAUUUCAAGUUCUCAGAAAGGAGGCACUUCAGUUCGGAAAGAAAUCAUCAAGAAUAAGAUCAGAGCCAUUGGAAAGAUGGCGCGGGUCUUUUCAAUCCUGCGGGAAGAGAGUGAGAGUGUGCUGGCUCUCAAGGGCCUGACCCCCACAGGCACCCUCCCCCUGGGCGUCCUGUCUGGAGGGAAGCAGACUAUCGAGACGGCCACAGUAGAAGCCGUAGAGGCCCGGGAAGCCAUCCGAGGGUUUUCGCUUCCGCACAAGAUCCGGAGUUUUGAAGAAGCCCGAGGUCUGGACCGAAUUAACGAGCGAAUGCCACCCCGGAAAGAUGGCGUGCACUCGGCUGGGCCAGUGAAGUCAGCGACGCCGGCGCACCCGGACACAGCGCACAGGAGCGAGCUGGGGAGGAAAGCCCAGCAGUGACUCCGAGGCCAGCUGUGGCGCAGGGGAGUCAACACCCAGAACAAGCUUAAUUUAUUUAUUGUUGGAAAAGGCAACAGCGGCCACUCAGCCGCACCUGGAGGUGCAUCCAGAUCCAGUCGGCACUUAUUCUGUACGGAAGGUGACCAUUUUGUAAUUCCUUUUAACUUAUGUUCAGUAUAUAUGUACAUAGACAAAAGUGCAUCUAUUUUGUUUUGCCCUGAGUUUUAGAAACAAAUCUCGUUGUUGUCGGAACAUAUGUGGAGUCUUGUGUAUAAAGGGGGCUUCCCCUAAUAAAAGGGCCUUGGAAACCUC